GGCGCUGCUAGGCUGCCAGGGACGAACUGACACAAGAAAAGACAGGAGACGCAAACAUCUGGCCGUACAUCAUGAAAGGAAGAAAACACGUUUAAAGAAAUACAGUGGCUCUUAAGACUCGUCGGCUCGGCGCACAUGUUAUGAAGGAAGAAUGGAGUUCCCAGACCAUAGCCGCCAGUUGCUGCAGUGUCUGAGUCAGCAGCGUCACCAAGGUUUCCUCUGCGACUGCACUGUUCUCGUCGGCGAGGCGCGAUUCAAAGCGCACAGAGCCGUGCUGGCCUCUUGCAGCAUGUACUUCCAUCUCUUCUACAGGGACCAGCUAGACAAAAGGGACGUUGUGCAUCUCAACAGUGACAUUGUGACAGCCCCGGCUUUCAGCCUGCUCCUUGAAUUUAUGUAUGAGGGGAAGCUGGAAUUCAGCACCCUGCCAGUGGAGGAUGUCCUGGCCGCUGCCAGCUACCUUCACAUGUACGACAUUGUGAAAGUGUGCAAAGGAAAGCUGAAAGAUAAGGAGCUGUGCUCACUGGAUGAGAAGAUUAGUGAGGGGCUAGCGCUGGGCUGUUUGGACAGGGAGAGCUCCUCAGAUGGCGAGCAGCACAGCAAGCAGCCGCCGCGGCGCCGGCCGCAGCAGCAGAGGCCCCCCCUAGCAGAUGAAUUUGACACAGACAACAGCGAAGUCAGGCUGGCUGUCACGGAUUGUGAUAGGUCUGCACAGAGCAGGCAGAAGGCAAACGGUCACCCUGGCAGGUCCCCGGACCUUGUAGGUGUCAAUUAUGUGUCAGCAGAGGCCGAGUCCUGCAUCCGAACAGCUGGAAAAACAAAAGCUGAUGUCAGUAGUUCCAUGGCAUCGCUGUCCCAGAGGUCCCGGGCUUCGGAUGACACGGACUGCGCUCUGGAUUUGUCUUUCAAGCCUCUGUCUAGCAGAGAUUCCUUACACCCCUCCUACGUCUCGGGACAGCUGGCCCUCGACAGCCAGCAGCAGGGCACCGAGCCACUUGUUAAAGACGAACACGACUUGCUGUCAGAGCAGGAGGACAGUGAGCCGAUGAGCCCGGAGAGCCAGCGCUUUGGGAAUAGCGCCAGGAGCUCAGUGGUGACAGGGUUCGCUGCCCUCUUCCCAGGCAACAACGGCUCCACCGCGGCCCUGCUCUCCCAAGAGGAGGACCUGAUGGAGCAGGAGGGGGAGGGGGGCGUGGGCGGGGGAGGGGACGGCACGGGGGCCCACGUGGCCGAGGAGGAGGACGCAGGGGGGCUGCUGGGCGACAGCGAGGAGGAAGAGGAGGACGACCUGGCCUCCUCGGACAUCUCCACCUCCAGCGGGGUGCUCCUGCCCCCCGGGCAGCAGGUCUGCGUGUGCCCGCUCUGCAGCAAGGUGUUCCCCAGCCCCCACGUGCUCCAGCUGCACCUCAGCUCGCACUUCCGCGAGAAGGACGGGGCGCGCGCCAAGCUGUCGCCCGACGGCUCGGUGCCCACCUGCUCGCAGUGCGGCAAGACCUUCUCCUGCAUGUACACGCUGAAGCGGCACGAGCGCACGCACUCCGGCGAGAAGCCCUACACCUGCGGCCAGUGCGGCAAGAGCUUCCAGUACUCGCACAACCUGAGCCGGCACGCCGUGGUGCACACCCGCGAGAAGCCGCACGCCUGCAAGUGGUGCGAGCGCCGCUUCACUCAGUCGGGGGACCUCUACCGCCACAUCCGCAAGUUCCACUGCGGCCUCGUUAAGACUCUCGCCAUUGGAUAAACCCUCUCCCCGCAACCAUGCAACAAACAAGAGAAAGUACAUCUUUUUAGACCCUCUGUACCACUAUGCACAGUGUGUGUAUAUAAGUGUAGAUAAAUUUAUGUUAUAGUAUAUCAGGGGUUACCUAUUUUCAUUGGUAUGCCUGCCAAUACCCAUUAAGGCUUUUUUGUAAUUUAAAUUCAGUGUAGCAACUUGUAAAAUAGUGUGCAACAGUGAACAUGUUUGGAGAAAUGUGAUCUACUAUGGUGUGGGUUAGAGGGUUUUGUGUGUGCUCUAAAGACGCACGUCUUAAGCUUUUGGAACAUGCUACCACAGUGUCAGUCCAUGUCAUGGGAUGCUCUCUUCCUAAAAAGGACUGAUGGGCGAUUGCGAAGGAGGAACCCAUUGCGCCCCCUCGUCCUUUGACAGCCUGCACUGCACUGCAUUUAAUGAAAAGUCGUCAUUUCUUUUGUAAGGAAUGCAAAUGUUUUCUAUCAAGAUCAAGUGAUUAGGAGCACAACAUUUCACCUGGGUGAGCAAUACUGGACAAGCUGACACUGAAAAGAGUCCGUCCAUGAGUAGCAGUCUUCUCAAAAUUCAGCGUUAUUUAUUUUUGAGCCUACUGAAAUUCAAGUACACUUGUUGAAUGGAAAACAGAGUCUGUAAAGCUGUAACUAAUUGUUAAGUGUGUGUAGCUUAAUAAUUAGAAAAGUGUAUAGUUAUUAAUGUCAGGAUUUAUAUCUGUGUGUUGGAAUUAUGUUAGACUGGAGCAUGAAGUUCAAGGUAGUACAGGAUAACUCAAAAAAGGAAUAGAAAUCUUUUGCUGAGUUUGCCCAUGUACUGAUAUCUAUUUAUAGAGUGCAUCUGAUGCCUCUGUGCAAACCAGACCAUUUUUCAGAUCUCCUGUUACGUUAAUCUGUAUAUCAGAUCUAGGAAGGCAAACAAAAUAGUUUAUAUGCGGUAACAUUAAACAACUUUACGGGAUUUCAUAAACUGGAGUAGGACUGAGCUUGUAACUGAAAGGAAGAUGGAACAGGCAGUUCUCAAGUUUCUGCAAAUGUACAAUUGAGACCCUACCAGGUCAUGUAUUAGUUGUUUUAAGGACUUUGAUUCAGGGCUAUAAUGUUAAAGCAUUCAAGGUUGGUUGUAGAGUGAAUUCUAAAAUAAUCAAAGAAGUCGUCUGAGAGAGCAAAGCAGUGCUUGCAACCCUGAUGCCUGCUAAACUGAAAUGAACACCCAGGAGCAUAAAGUAGUGGAGGGUCUGUACUAUUAAAUUACUCUUUAUGAGCCUUAAGUAAACCUUUAUGUCAGGAGUGCUUAAGUGCUGCCUUGUCCAUAUUAAGUAAACGUCCUGGAAGUUCACCCCCCUGAAAGAAUGGGCUGAACGGAUGAUGAGGAAAUACAUGCUGCUGUGUGGUUUAGUGCUUAACUCGGAGGAACUUGAGAGCGAGAGUGCGUACAGUGCGUGAUCAUGCUAUCAACACUUCCUGAACGGAGGCUGCAGUAGGAGGAAAAAAUACUUGCCAAACCAUGUUUCUUCCUACUUCUGUGGUGUUUGUUCGUCAGACACCACAGAACAAGUGCAGGAUCUCGUCCGACAUGUUCGCCAUUUCCUGAGAGAAGAAGCGCCGGUAUUCCUGAAAUCCCGCCACACUUGUCCUUUUGGAAAGCCUUUUAAAAAUAUUUAUUCUAUCAAUGGUUUUAUUCCCCCCCACCUGUAAACAGUAGUCUGGGUUAUGACCCACCUCUGAAGAAAUUUAUCCCUGAAGUGGUGGCCCACAAUGACACUGCAGACCGGUGGUAUCAAUUGUGUAACAUUGUGCAGUUUCAAAAAAUCUACUGAACGAGACGGAUUAAGCCUGUUGAUGAAACUAAAUGUCAACCAAGACAUUUUUGUUUUUAGGUUUUCUGAGCCUUUUGUGUCUGUACUGUUAGGGACUGUGUUUUGUAAGUCGAUCCAUUCAGGAUCUAUACACGUGGAUUCUUACUAUGGCUGGAAAUAGCACUAAAAACUACUACUAAGUUAUUUCUUUAUUAUUUUUCCUGAGAAAACUUGAUUAGCAUUAUUUAUUAGAUUUUUUGGUUCAGGGUUUACUAGGGUGUGAUAAGUAUUAUUUGUAUUCACAAUAUUGAAGCACACUGAUUAGUCUUCUUGUUUCUAACAUUAAAGGAGAUGUUUAGCUUGCGCUCUUAAUUGAGUAAUGAAUCAUGAGCUCAGCUUUUUAAGAGAACAGAUGUUUGAAGGACUGUUGAUUCCCCAUCAUGGUGGUACUUUUUAAAUGGUACAGGGGCAGAGAUCUCAUUUGUCUUUGUAAAUGCCUUUACUGUACUGUGAAUUGGGUCUUUCAGUGCGUUGUCAUGUGAAAAAGAACAACAAUCUUAAAGGAAAUAUUUUAAGAUUUGCCACACAGGAAACAAAGAAGCACUUGUUUUUGGCAUGCAUAUAUCCUUUAUCUGAAUUUAGUUUCAACACUCACAAUAUGUAGGCUGCUAUUUCUAACUACAUGUAUAUUUAAGGUAUAUGAAUAUUCUUUUUUAUUUAUAUGGUGAUUUAGUUUCCCAAUAUUGAACACAUGUUGGGAGUAUGAAUAUCUAACAAUGGUUGUCAUCUCUGUAAACUAACAUUCAUUUCUUCUCUAGUGUUUGAUAAUUAUAUUCAUAAACAUGAACAGACCCCCCCAUCCCCCCUGCAGCCUUUGCCUCUCUCAAAAACAAUACAGGGAAUAUUGCAAUGGCUGCCACCUCCGCAAAGGAAAUGGUCAUAAAAAGGCACAUGUGAAACUGACAUACCCUGGUCUGGUGCAGAAUGUCUAUAGAAAACACACAAAACAUGUAUUGUCCUCUUACCCCAGGUAUUUCUCAAGGGAUCAUUGUCUGUCCUUUUUCUUUGCUGAGGGAAAACUCCUUGAGCCUUGCACUUUUUUGUAUUAAAUUAACCCUUUGGAAUGCGAGAAAUGUAUUUAUAAAAAGGAGAGCUGGAGGACCGUAAACAGGUGUAUUGUGUUUAAGGAGCAUCAAAGGACACGCUUCUACUCCCAGCAUGCAUGAGUGCUUCAUUGUGCUCUUUACAAGGAGAGGAUUGCACAUUUAUAGACGCGAAGUCGCACUUUGAACAUUAGGAACUCUUUGAAUGUUGGACAUCAGCAAAUCUCGGAGGGACGCAGAUUUCUUUUUUCUUUUUGCAUUUCGGUUCAUUUUUUUUUUUUUUUUAAAAUGCAUUUUAACACCUGGAAGACGUCAGGGUAGACUCAACCAACUUUUCAGUGAGGUGCUCUCUGUAAAACUGGCAUUUGAGGACAUUGUGUUUUUUAAGUUCAAAUCAGAUCUACACAGAAUAAACAUCCAUUAAAAAGAUUAUCUUUCUAGUUUGUGCACAACUGGAGAAUGCUCUCUUAAAGAAGAAAUGGUGCCUUGGAGCAAACCCUCA